GCACCCAUUGUUUUGUGUUUUGAUUUUCGGGUUUUGCUGGGAGCUUGCGUUGCUGCAAGCAAUUGCAGCCUGACCGUGUAGUUGUUGUUGUUGUUGUUGUUUCUUCGUCAUGAGCAGCCCCUUACACCAGUGAUAGUGAGUGGUCGUGCUCACAACUCUGCAGGUGCCCAAUUGCCAUGACUUGUGGACAUCGUGGAAAGCUUUGCAGAUAAUGGGCGACUUCGUGAGCCAUGAGGCAAAGUUCAGGGUUCUUGUAAUUUGAAGAAUGUUCGUGCUGUGAUGUUGCAUUCCACACUCCGCUGUUGUCUGUGCUCGGUGUUUCAUCAACUCUAACCUUGCAGCAGAUGGGUAGUUAGGGAUUGAACCAGUUGUGUCCCGUGUAAUUCACGAUGAUGUCUUCAUCGCACAAUGUAGAUCGUCGGUGCACAUGAUGAAAAUGAACAGAGAAUCACGAGGAAUUGUGUGACGCACCGUGAUUUUGGGAAACAGUUGUUUGAACUUGGCACAUCACAACGGUCGAGAGUGCAGCCGAGGUCCAGGGGUCACCUGUGGAAGUUGUGUGAGUGUUCUUAGACGAGAUUGAUCUAUCGCACGUUGGAGAAUCUCAUUCGGGAUAUCCUUCAAGGCCUCAGAAGGAAAACUUCAGUGUUACUGCAAGCCCUUUUCUAUGCAGAUGUGGGUGAUGCAAGUCUCACUGCAUGAGUACAUGAGGAGUUUUGAGAAGACCUUGUAGAACUGAUCAUGGUCUCUCCAGACCUACUGGACAUGUGCCACAGCUUUGAGGGCUCCAGCUUAUACCCAUUCCGACGCGGACCUAACCGCAUCGUUACUAGCUAAGUUUGUAGGACUCCAUUGCGGUGUGAUAAUUGCUGAAUUCGAGUUUCCUCUGACCAAUCUCGGGAUGGGGGUGAUGGAAAUUUAGAAGGUUCGCCGAUCACCGACCUUGCUAGGGUUGCCGCAACAAAGUUUUGGUUGGAACAUGUGUGAUGGAAAGUUUGUCUCAAGGAAAUCGUGUCGCCCAGUUUUAUGUGAAGAAAAAGUGUUAGCAUUGUUGAGUAUUCGUGAAGCACUGAAACUGGAUGUGGGAAGAAGAGGCGCUUCAAGGAAUGGGCCAGGGAGAUUGUACUGGUGUGGAUGAUUUGGGAUGCCGAAACAAGACACUGGCAUUGGAUUUGAAAGGGGGAGCCAUAGCACUCAUCAUGGGAUACAGUGCUUUGGGAGUGGCGUUGCCAUUAAUCGGCCGUCGGACGCAAUGGCUCAAACCCGAUGGCAACCUAUUUUUUGUUGCAAAAUCUUUCGCAGCUGGAGUCAUCCUUGCAACUGGGUUCGUGCAUAUGCUGCCAAGCGCAAUGGAAUCCUUGACAAGUCAAUGUUUGCCACGGUUCCCGUGGCACAAGUUCCCCUUUCCUGGAUUCAUCGCCAUGUUGGCGUCUCUGGUUACCUUGGUGAUUGACUUUGUGGCCACCGAAUUUUAUGAGACGCAACAUAAUCAUGGUGAUCCAGACGCUUCCGCCAAAGGUGCAUCAAACCCUGAACCUGCUGUCGACAUGCCUGCCCAUGCCCAAAUGUUGUAUAAAACUUUUACAGCAUGUGGUCGUGGAAUCUAUUCAGCAAAGCGCUCACCAAGUCGAAUUUUUGGCAAAGCUCGUUCUAAAUCUGCUUCUGAGAAAGAUGUGUACAAUGAAAUUAUUAUUGCAGAGCAAGAUUUGGUUCAAUCGAUUGAACAAUCAAAAGAACCUCUUCCGGAAGGGGAUAGGAAGGUGCACAUAAUAGGCAUGCGCGAACAUGCUGAGUCGCACCGCCACAGCCAUGCCGAGGGCACGUGCAAGGAUCAGACCGAUGAUAAGGUCCUCAAACAUGUCGGUUAUUCUCACAAUGAGAUAGGCGCUUCCACCAACGAAGUUCUGGAGCACGUCAGACAUGUGGUCGUUGCUCAAGUGCUUGAGUUGGGCAUUGUUGCACAUUCGGUCAUUAUUGGGGUCACGCUUGGUGUGUCAGAAAGUCCUUGCACAAUUAGACCCCUUCUUGCAGCCUUGAGCUUUCAUCAGUUCUUUGAAGGAUUUGCACUUGGUGGCUGUAUCGCUCAGGCAGGAUUCAGUUACAGCUCUGCAGUGAUAAUGGCGUGUUGUUUCGCUAUCACCACCCCAGCGGGAAUUGGGAUCGGUAUUGGCAUUUCUUCGAGCUACAAUGAGAAAAGCUCACGGUCCCUUAUUGUGGAAGGCGUGUUCGACUCCAUCUCCGCAGGGAUUCUCGUGUACAUGUCCCUGGUGGAUCUCAUUGCUGCGGAUUUUCUUAGCAAACGCAUGCGCUGCAAUCGGAAGCUGCAGUUCUAUUCCUACGCAUCUUUGAUCACUGGGUGCUUUGCUAUGUCUGCGCUUGCAAUUUGGACUUGACUUGCCAAUCCUACUCUUUUGUAGAAUAACUUACUAACUACAGGUUUUUGGGCACAGGCCAAAAUCGUCUUUCAAGGUCUCUAAUUUUUCUUCAGUUUCCUUCAAUUGAGGUGUAGGUUGAAAAGUCAAAAAUAGUGUUUUUAAGAUCAUUGUCGACGAGAGAGUUAGCACAUAGAAUACAUUUCUUUUAACAGAUGUGCUUACAUGCAUCUCCGAACAUUAUGAAGCCUCUGUUGCAGUUAUCAGCACGUCUCAGUUUCUCAUUCAGACAGUUUAAGACGUCAUUCUAAAGAGGAAUUGAAUGCAGAUUCCUCUGCCAUGCCCAGCGCAGCAGUCUAGGUACUGGUAAUUCUUCACCACUUACCUACUCACUCACUCGGCAGGGCGUCGCAGGUAGCAAUUGAAUUUGUGUCAAGGUUAAUGUUCUUGGGGCCCUUUUCCCAUUUCUGCCACUGGUUCUAGAUGUUUUGCCUUUCAUUCUUUUUGCCUCCAGUCAAGUUCAAAUUGCAAGGUUGUAUUUUGGGAAGAAAUGUAGCACUUGUGUAGUAAGAUUCAAAGGCUUGGGAUUUUGUGGAUAGAGUUCACAACUUCAAAUUUUUCCUGUUUAAAAAUCAUUGGCCUUGCCAGUCGUUAGAAAAUGAAAAUAAAAAUUAGACAACUGAAACAAUGUGUUUAAAUCUCCA